UUCCCCGCCAUUUGCUUCUCUUCAUUUCUCUCUCUUCCCCUAUCGCUAGGGCUCCGUCUUCCUCUCUCUUUCUCUCUCCUCUGUUCCUCUGUAAACUGUGCUCCGGCUUCCGAAUUCGACCACGAUUUCCAUUUCUUCAAGCUUUGGACUCUUCAUGCUCUUGCUGUGUGGAUCGUGCUCUCUCCGGUUCUCUUAACGAUGAGUUUGCCGCCGUUCGCUUCUGCCUCUGCCUCUGGUUCCGGUCUCCGUGGUAUCGGCUUGUCCAAUACUAUUCACUCCGAGGUUGCUCCUUGCUUGCCUUUGCCUUCGCUUCCGGUUUCCUUCGGUGCUUCCGAGCCUGAGCUUCGGCUCUUCGAUGAGCCGGCUGGGAGCUAUGCUACUUUGAGGAGUGAUGUUCUCGCUCAGUCUAAGAAGAUCGCUGAUCUGCUUCGUGCUACUGACGUGUCUUACUUAAAUCUCAGAGAAGAUGCCAAAGUUCUUCCUGAAGGGUCUGUGGAGCCUUUUGAACUCUAUGAGGAAGUUCUUCGCUAUGAUGUUGAUGCCUUCAAGUAUACUACUCCAGGUCCUAUUAUGGAGCACGUCUCUAGCAGUAUGGUAUCUGAUAGGAAAGUUUUUGAGCAAAAACUACCUAUUAGAAGUCAAGUUGAAGGAGAAUCUAGAACAAUUCAAAAUCAUAAGCCUGAAUCUAUGCCAACUAAUGAUGCACCAAUGUCAUCUUCUAGAAAAGUAAAAGUUAAGAAGAAAGGCAGAGAUGAAACGUCUUCUGUUAGAACAGAUUCUUCUGAGCUUCAAGACGCCACCCUCGCAAACUUUUGCAAGUUCUUAGAGGACUUCUGUGGCAGAGCUGAAAUUUUCAGUGAUGAUCGUGAUGAAUCAGAGUGGCUGGCUCUGCCUCUUACUGAUCUAAGAGUGCUUGUCAAUGAAAUAAUGUCCAUUCGUUCAAAGAAACUUCUUCAUUUGGUUUCUCUAGAUAGCCUGACAAGGCUAUUGAAGGUUUUAGAUCAUCAGAUACAUAGAGCAGAAGGAUUGUCUGUUGAAGAAUGUGAACAUAUAGAUUCAGAUGCAGUUGCAACUAUCUUUUGUGCUUUGGAGUCCAUACAUGCAUCUCUUGCAGUAAUGGCUCAUGACCAAAUGCCAAAGUUGCUUUAUAAAGAAGAGAUCAUAGAGAGAAUUCUGGAGUUCUCCCGACAUCACAUAAUGGAUAUUAUGUGUGCUUAUGAUCCUUCAUAUCGUGCGUUGCAUAAAGCCAGUGAAAAUGGUGUGUUUGAAGUCAAUGAAGAUGAAGAACUUGAUGGUGACUAUGGUUCAUCGAGUAAGAAGCGUCGUGGUGUUAAGACUUCUAAAAUCAGGAAACCUACAUUCAACAAGGUAUCUACUGCUGUUAAUACUAUUCUUCAGAAGAUGUGCACCAUUCUUGGUUUACUUAAGGAUUUAUUGCUGAUAGAGAGGUUACCAGAUAGCUGUAUUCUUCAAUUAGUGAAAACAAGCUUUUCUACUUUUUUGGUGGACAAUAUUCAGCUCUUGCAACUUAAGGCAAUUGGUUUAAUUUGUGGGAUAUAUUAUUCAUACACACAACAUCGUAAUUAUUUGAUAGAUGAAUUAGUUCAGAUGCUCUUCAAAUUACCAUCCACGAAGCGGGCUUUAAGAGCGUAUCACCUACCUGAUGAAGAACAACGUCAAAUUCAAAUGAUUUCUGCCCUAUUGAUUCAACUGGUACAUUAUAGUGCAAACCUUCCUGAAGCUUUGAGGCAAGCAUCAGACAGUAAAUCCAUCUUUGAAGUUUCAGUUGAUAGUAGUUGUCCUACCAAAUGCCAUGAAACAGCUACGGAGGCAUGCUGUCUUUUCUGGACUCGUGUACUACAGCGCUUCGCUAAUGUGAAGACUCAGGAUGCAUCUGAAGUGAAAGUAAUGAUGGAAAAUAUGGUUUUGGAUCUACUAACAACAUUAAAUUUACCCGAAUAUCCUGCAUCAGCCCCUAUUUUGGAGGUUCUAUGUGUGUUAUUACUUCAGAAUGCUGGACUGAAAUCUAAAGAUGUCUCUGCUCGUUCUAUGGCCAUUGACUUUCUUGGCAUGAUUGCUGCAAGAUUGAAACGUGAUGCUGUCAUUUGUGCCACAGACAAGUUUUGGAUAUUGCAAGAGUUGGGCAAUAAGGAGGAUGUUGCUGAUGAGAGUUAUCCUAAAGAUGUCUGUUCUAUAUGCUUGGAUGGCAGGGUAGGAAAGUAUUUCUUUGUCUGUCAAGAUUGCCAGAGGUUAUUUCAUGCAGAUUGCAUUGGAGGAAGAGAAAAUGAAGUUCCUAACCGGAGCUGGUACUGUCAAAUUUGCCACUCGAGGAAACAACUUCAAGUAUUACAAUCAUAUUGCAAAUCCCAAUGUAAAAAUGAUGGUGAGAAGAGCAAAGAUUGGUCAGAUAAAGAAUCCAAAGUUUCGUGGCUUGUCACAAACAUUGAAAUUGUUCAGCAGUUGCUUCUGAAUUAUCUCCAGGAAGUUGGUUCUUCAGAUGAUGUUCAUCUAUUUGUUCGCUGGUUUUAUCUCUGCCUGUGGUACAAAGAUGAUUCAAAAGCUGAGCAGAAGUUUAUUUACUAUCUCUCUAGAUUGAAAUCUAUGGCAAUAGUGAGGGACGGUGGCAAUACUUCCUCAUUAUUGACUAGGGAUUCAGUUAAGAAAAUCACUCUCGCACUAGGACAAAAUAAUUCCUUCUCUAGAGGUUUUGAUAAGAUCCUUCACAUGCUUCUGGCAAGUUUAAGGGAAAAUUCUCCGGUAAUUAGAGCCAAGGCUUUACGAGCGGUCAGUAUUAUAGUUGAAGCUGAUCCAGAGGUAUUGGGAGACAAACGUGUCCAAUUGGCUGUUGAAGGAAGGUUUUGCGAUUCUGCAAUAUCUGUCAGAGAAGCAGCUUUGGAACUUGUUGGCAGGCAUAUUGCCUCCCAUCCUGAUCUUGGUUUCAAGUAUUUUGAUAAGAUUGCUGAGAGAACCAAAGAUACUGGAGUUAGUGUGAGGAAACGUGCCAUCAAAAUCAUUCGAGAUAUGUGCACGUCAAAUGCAAACUUCUCGGAGUUUACUAGGGCAUGCAUAGAGAUAAUCUCUCGAGUUGGUGAUGAUGAAUCAAGUAUUCAGGAUCUCGUUUGUAAGACAUUUUAUGAGUUCUGGUUUGAGGAGCCUUCCGGUUCACAAACUCAGUUCUUUGGAGAUGAUAGCUCUGUUCCAUUGGAGAUCGCCAAGAAAACCGAGCAAAUUGUUGAAAUAUUGAGGAAAAUGCCAAAUCAUCAACUACUUGUGACAAUUAUUAAGAGAAACUUAGCACUUGAUUUUUUCCCGCAAUCAACUAAGGCUGUUGGCAUCAACCCUGUUUCCCUCACCUCAGUUCGCAAGCGAUGUGAGUUGAUGUGUAAGUGCUUAUUGGAAAGGAUAUUGCAGGUGGAGGAGAGAAGUAAUAUGGACACCGAGGUGCGUGCACUUCCAUAUGUAUUGGUCUUGCAUGCAUUUUGUGUUGUGGAUCCAAUGCUCUGUGCACCUGCCUCCAACCCAUCCCAGUUUGUGGUUACUCUCCAACCUUACCUUAAGAGCCAGGUUGAUAAUCGAGUGGUUGCUCAAUUACUUGAGAGUAUCAUAUUCAUAAUUGAUGCGGUUCUGCCCUUGCUACGGAAGUUAUCUCCAAAUGUUGCUGAAGACCUAGAGCAAGACUUGAAACAUAUGAUUGUUAGGCACUCCUUCUUGACAGUCGUACAUGCUUGCAUAAAGUGCCUUUGCUCUUUGAGUAAGGUAGCAGGAAAAGGUGCAUCGGUUGUUGGGUAUCUUAUUCAGGCGUUUUUCAAGCGCUUGGAUUCUCUAGGGAUUGAUAACAAACAGCUGCUAGGACGUUCACUCUUCUGUCUUGGAUUACUUAUUCGCUAUGGUAGUCCUUUGUUGAGCAAUUCCAGCAACAAGAAUGUUGAUGUCACAAAAAGUCUCAGCUUGUUGAAGAAGUACCUGGUGACGGAGGAUUUGGUUAUUAGGGUUAGAGCGCUGCAGGCUUUGGGAUUUGUUCUUAUUGCUAGGCCUGAAUUUAUGCUGGAAGAAGAUGUUGGGAAAAUUGUAGAGGAAGCAUUGUCAUCUGGUUCUGAUGUUCGUCUUAAGAUGCAAGCAUUGCAAAAUAUGUAUGAUUACCUUCUUGAUGCGGAAAGUCAAAUGGGAACAGAUCAACCAGAUGAUGGAGCUGCCCCUACUGCUGCUGUGGAUGGUGGUGGCCCAAGUGUGCCAGUUGCUGCCGGUGCCGGAGAUACCAACAUAUGUGGUGGUAUUGUUCAGUUUUAUUGGGAGAAGGUUCUAGGGAGAAGCUUAGAUUUAAAUGGCCAAGUUCGUCAAACUGCCCUCAAGAUUGUCGAAGUGGUGCUUCGCCAAGGUCUUGUUCAUCCUAUUACUUGUGUUCCAUACCUUAUCGCACUAGAAACGGACCCCCAUGAGGCAAAUGCGAAGCUGGCUCACCACUUAUUGAUGAAUAUGAAUGAGAAGUACCCAACAUUUUUUGAAAGCCGCCUGGGGGAUGGUCUUCAAAUGUCAUUUAUGUUCAUCCAAACUAUUAGUCGUUCCGACAAUGCAAAUCAAAAAAUUCAAUCCAAGGGCUCUGGCAGUUUGAAAGGCAGAUCUGAUGGCAGCUCGUUGACUCAAGCAAGACUUGGGGUUUCUCGAAUUUACAAGCUCAUACGGGGGAACCGAGUUUCGAGGAACAAUUUUAUAUCCUCCAUUGUGCGGAAGUUUGACAACCCACGCUUGAAUGACUCAAUGAUACCUUUCCUUAUGUACUGUGCGGAAAUACUUGCAUUAUUACCAUUUACAUUCCCCGACGAGCCCCUAUAUUUGAUUCAUGCUAUUAAUCGAAUAAUACAAGUAAGAGGUGGAGCACUUCAAGAAGAAAUCAAAGAAUUGGGCAUGCAUUUGGUGCAACGCAAUCCCCAGAAUUUUCAUUAUGAAAAUGGAAUGAUUCAGCCGCAACAACCUGCUCUUUUUUCUGGUAAUAUAAUUUUAUCAGAUAUGAAUGGGUCCGUGGAGCACAAUCAGUCUCGCCCUUUUUGUGAUUUUACAUCGAUGGAUUUGAAUCAGCAAAUCCCACCAGAGUCAGUUGCGCAUCAUGAAUUGAGCAAUAAUAAUAAUACAUUGGAGGGAAAAUUCCACACCAUUUGCUCAGUGGAUCAGUAUAGCAUCUCAAAAGAUGAUCUUCAGAGAAUUCAGACAAUGAGCCUGGCAGCUAUUGCACUGCAACUUCUUUUGAAGCUAAAGAGACAUUUAAAAAUCAUGUACAGCCUGAAUGAUGCUCGAUGCCAGUCUUUCAAUCCAAAUGAACCACCAAAACCGGGAGAGUUUCUGUCCAAGCAGAAUGUCCCUUUCGACAUCAGCGACACAUGCACCAUUUUACCAACAACUUAUCAAGAGUUUAUGCAAAGAUACCAGGAUUUCAAGAGUACUCUUAGGGACGAUGCAUUCGACUACUCUGCAUACACAGUGAACAUCAAAAGGAAGCGACCAACCCCAAGAAAAGGACGGAAAUCUACAAUGGGUGGCGAGGACGAGGAAGAGGACGAGGAUUGGAGUGGAGGCAGGAGGUUGGGUAGCAGUGGGAGGAAAGGUAGCUAUAGCAUCCGAGGAAGUAGGCAACGGUGAUAGUUGGUGUAAGUAAAAUGUAAUGCAUAGUUUAGGCUAACUUGUACAUUAAUCAAGUGAAAUAGAAUAGGGAGAGAGGAUAGAGAAUGACAGGGGAGAAGAAGAAAGAAAAGGGUUUAUUAGGCAAUCGAUUUGGAAACAGCCGAUGAUAGAAAAAAGUUGUGGAAGAGUAGUAUAGGGGGCUCUCCAAAAUAGCCAGUUUUUCUGUAGUUGUUUCCAUAAUCAUGUAAUUUGUUUUUGGUAAUAUCAUAUUGGUUGCAUUCUUUUGUUAAUUAAAAUUCAGCACUUUCAUUGCACAUUAGUUUCCGUAAUUUUGCUUAGGAAAUUUGUUGUUACUAAUUGGAAUGCUGCGUAUGGCAUUCUAAUAAAUAAUAUGCACUUUUGGAUGUAAG